AUGAAGUUUGUCAUUGCCGUUUUGGCGUUGGCCACUCUUGCCACAGCCACAAAUGAGUUUUUUUCUGAAAAAGAACUGGAAACUCACUUCAGUCUUUUCAAGACCGAGUUUGGCCGAAACUACAGCAAUUCUGAAGAAGAAACAUACCGAAAAGGCGUUUUUGCAGACAACCUUGAAUUCAUUUUGAAACACAACCGAGAAUACCAGGCUGGCCUGAAAAGCUUCAGCGUGGGGGUGAACAACUUUGCAGACAUGACCAAUGCUGAGUUCAGAGCCCAUUUUAACGGUUUUCGCCCUUAUGCCGGUUCCAUUCAAUCGGAAGAUCUCAAUAAAAACACCGACAACGCCUCUGCCAGUGUUGAUCUGCCCGACACCGUUGACUGGGUCCAGCAGGGAUUGGUUACGCCAGUCAAAAACCAACAUCAAUGCGGUGGCUGCUGGGCCUUCUCUGCAGUGGCCGCGAUGGAGGGCCAACAUGCGCGGAGUACCGGCCAACUGGUGUCCCUUUCCGAGCAGAACCUGAUCGAUUGCUCCUAUGCCAACAGGGGUUGUGGCGGCGGCUGGCCUUUUCUCGCCUACCAGUACGUCAUUUCUAACCGAGGUAUAGACACUGAGCAGUCGUACCCUUACACCGCCCACCAGGGGCCCUGUGCCUUCAGAGUCCAAAACGUGGGCGCCAUCUUUCGAAGCUAUAGUAACUUGCCACAGGGCUCGGAGAACUCGUUGCAGGGGGCCGUUGCCAACGUGGGCCCCAUCUCGGUGGCCAUUGAUGCCAGCCAGCCGUCCUUUCAGCUCUACAAGCAGGGAAUGUACGACGAACCGGCCUGUUCUCCCACUAAAGUCAACCACGCUGUAACGGUGGUCGGCUACGGUCUUUUUCAGGGGGUGACGCCCUACUGGAAGGUGAAGAACAGCUGGGGUGUCACUUGGGGCGACCAGGGCUACAUUUUCAUGUCGCGCAACAAGGGCAACCAGUGCGGCAUUGCCAGCUACGCCUCCUACCCUAUUGUUUAG